UAGAUUUUAUUUGAAUAUCCUUGGUAAAGGCCAUGAUGAACAGAGAGAAUGCUACCUAUGUAUAGGGACAGACGGUGAAGAUCGAAGAAGACACGCUAUUUUCCAUCCGAGCCAUCAGGGAAGGCUAAUAUUACGGCCUUUGGUCCGAAGCGCACGGUUUCCUUUUGGGUCAUGGCUGUCAUCUCCCAAGUCCACAUCAUCUGUCAAACAAUUUGCCGCCGAUUCAAAUGUUGGGCUAGUACUUGAGCCUAGGUGGAUACUAUCCACCGCCGUUCUUUCUGGACACCAUGUCUGUCCCUCUUCGCAUCGGCGCCGGCCUCGAGACUGCAGCCUAUCUGCGAGUAGCUUCACUUGCAAUUGCGUUUUACGACUUCAUACAGACUCUUCCCUCCGCGUACCGCUUCUACAAAGAACAAUGGGAAGCCCCCCGACUCUUGGUGUCCUCGCUGCUGUUUUUCCUCAUCCAAUUUACUAGUAUCACCGUGAUCAUCGUUUCGUCUGUUGGGUUUUUCUAUACCCGAUUCACAGACGCGUCGUGCGCCCGUUUUUACGCCCUGCCUUCGAUUUUCAAAGUCCUGCAGGCCAUGGUCUCUCAAGCAAUUCUGGGAAUCCGUGCUUACAAUCUUUCGCGACGAUCGAGAAAGAUCCUGUCUGUUCUUCUUCUUUUUUAUUCAAGUGCUUGCGGCCUUCAAUGGAUAUCGACUGUCGCUAAACGAACACCUUACCGCGACCCGCUAUACGGGAAUUGUCAAGCACUAGUUUCAGUGUGGCCUUUUGGGGCCUGGAAUCACUACGCGGUAGCUAUCACUUAUGAUGUUGCUACUACGGCAAUAUCCGUCAUAUACCUGCUCAAGUUCAAACUCAAUUCAACAAGCUCCUUCAUGGCAAAGUUGCAGAAAAUGAUGUUAUACGACGGAUUGGGUUACUUCUCAGUUCUGACCGGGAUUAACGUCGUGAAUUUGGUACUCUAUCAUACGAAACAAGAUAUCCAGUUGGCGGCGACUUCUGUGGGCUAUUCUGUGACGUGGAUUAUGUCCCAGCGCCUACUGAUUCACCUACACAACGUGUCGCGUCAGCGACGCAUGGAGACUAUCAACACGGAGAUGACCAUAACACGGGACAUCGAAAAUGCACGCGACGUUAGCCGUGCAUUACGAUCUCAGUUCCGCUCCAAGACCGGACUCAGUUUCGAGCUAACUGUACCGGACUUUGAUAUGCUCACUCUGGAUGAGUACCCAGAAACGCCUGAGGUUCAUGUUCGGAUCGAAAGGACCGUCGCAAUGGAACAAGGGACCGCGACUGGAUUCACAUUGGAAAUUUAUUCCCGUACAGGUGAGGCACCUCUGCAACGUAGCAGGAAUUGAAGAGCGUUAAGAGAAAGAUGAUACUUUAUAAUCGUCAUGGUUGAGGAUUGGGUCAUUGGACCGACUUUUUAUGAUUAUUUAGGACACUUUCAUAUUACGUCCAUAUGGAGCUUUCUGUGAAUGAAGCCUGUCAAAGUCGGACCGAUGAACCGACGGGGCCGGUAAUUCCGGCGACUAAAAAAGUUUUGCUACUCCGAACUUUG